AUGUCGAAGAAGGAAAGUGCUUUUGUCGAUCUAUUGAAAAAACGAUUGAAUUUGUUGACUUAUACAUCGUUGGAUGAAAACGAAUAUAAUCAAAGUUAUUUUAAAAAUGCUGGUCUAACCAAUGUUGAUAUUCGAUCCUAUCAAUUGCAUGGGAUUCGAUGGCUUAUCGAACGAUUCGAAGCAGGACAUGGAGCAAUUCUCAGUGAUGAAAUGGGUCUGGGAAAAACACUACAGACAAUUGCCUUUUUAACAUAUGUAUGCAAAGUAAAAAAGCAAACUCCGUGUAUUGUUAUUAGUCCAUUAUCAGUAUUGCAAAACUGGACGAGAGAAAUCUCAAAAUUUGCUUCGGGCUUGACCAUUCAAACAUUCACCGGAGUAAAAGACGAACGGGCUGAAUUGGCUGAAACAAUAAAGAAAUCCAAAUUUGAUAUUUUGCUAACAACAUACGAAUACAUUCUCAAAGACACAACAUUUUUUCAGUCAUUCAAAUGGAAAGUUUUAGUUAUCGAUGAGGCACAUCGAAUAAAAAAUUCUCAAUCUCAAUUACAUGUCUCCUUGAAAACGUUGGAUGUACCAUGCCGAAUACUGCUUACAGGUACGCCGAUUCAAAACAAUUUAACAGAACUUUACUCGUUAUUGUCAUUCUGUGCACCAAAUGUCUUUCGCGUAAAACAACUUGAUGAUUUUGUGGAAUACUUUCGAAUUAUCAAUACGGACGAAGAUCGUAAGAAAAUUCUGAUCGAUCUUUUAAAACCAUUCGUUCUUCGAAGACUAAAACGUGAUGUUCUUACUGAUUUGCCGAAUAAAACUGAAGUGAUGAUCUUCCAUGAUUUAUCCAAAGUUCAGAAAGAACUUUACAAAGCAAUUUUAACCAAAAACCGCUCAAUUUUUGGCACAAGCGAAUCAGCGAGUAAAACAAGUUUAGUCAAUAUCAUGAUGCAAUUAAGAAAAGCUAUUGCACAUCCGUAUCUGUUUCCUGGCAUUGAACCUGAACCAUUUGAAAUGGGCGAACAUUUGAUUGAAGCAAGUGGUAAACUUCAUAUACUUGAUCAUCUACUUGCACAUUUACAUGCGAAGAAACACAAAGUGCUUCUAUUCUCUCAAUUUACUACGGUUUUGGAUAUUAUACAAGAUUAUUUAACAUACAGAGAAACUUAUAAAUAUGAACGUCUUGAUGGAUCAGUGCGGAGUGAAGAACGAUUUUUAGCGAUUAAUAACUUUAAUGCUCAUGACGAUACAUUCAUAUUUUUAUUGAGUACAAAGGCAGGUGGUGUUGGAUUGAAUCUUGUCGCUGCUGACACGGUUAUCUUCUAUGAUUCGGAUUUCAAUCCACAAAAUGAUCUGCAAGCUGCUGAUCGAUGCCAUCGUAUUGGACAGAAAAGACCAGUACGAAUUAUUCGUCUUGUUUGUCAGAACUCAUUCGAAGAAGUGAUUCUUCGUCGAGCAGAAGCAAAGCUAAAACUAUCGAAAUCAAUUAUGGAAAAUAGCGAAUUAGCAUCUGGUUUGAAUACAGCUAUAGAGUCAAAAACGCAGUUACAAGAUGUUCUGAAAAUUGGUAUUGAUAAGUUAUUGAACGAAAUCGAAGAAAUGGAUUACACGAAAAUUGACUUUAAUACAAUCUUGGGUAAAACAGAUGCGAAAGGAUGUUGGCUUGAUAUCGAAGAUCAUCAAAUCAGUCAAAAUGAAGAACAAGAAGAAGUAGAAGAAACAGCAGUUCAGUCGGCAACUACUGAUGAUAACAAUAUGUAUCUGUUCGAGGGUGUUAAUUACCGAAACACUGCACAGAAAGCUGACGUUGAUCUAUUCGAUCGAUUAAUUUUAAAUGACGAAGACAUGAGUAGUAAACCGAGCGGUUCAUCCAAGCAGCAUGCGAGCGAACGGCCACAACGCCGACAAAUGACUGAAGAAGAAAAGGCUACACGAGCGGCGAAAGCUCGUGAAACUAAAGAACGACGAAAACAAGAAAUGGAGGAAGCAGAGCGAAGACGUGAAGAAAAACGUAAAGCAAAAUUACAGCAAUUGUGGGCAUCGAAAAACUACCGUUCAUCGCUUGUAUCUGCAUCCGAUGACGAGCAAGAAGAAAUUGAAGAUACUACACUAGACAGUUAUGAGGAUGAAAAUACUGGUGAAACAAAAUUACAUUACGUAUUCGGAGAUGUCAUGAAACCUCAGUUACAUGAUGAAAAAUGUGCUAUUCUAGUUCAUUGUGUCGAUGAUUCUGGUCGAUGGCCAUCGAAAGGUGUAUUUGCAUCCAUUUCUCAACGUUCCAAAGAACCCGGAAAACAAUAUACACUUGCUCAUGAGAUGCAAGAUAUUCACAUGGGUGAUACUCAUCUAAUUGCUAUUAAUGAUUGUGGCGUUGACGAUGACGAACCGCCGUGUGAGCAAUACGUUGCUUUGAUUGUUGCUCAGCAUCGAAAUAAAUUCGAUUUUACCGCACUCGAUUCUGCACUUCGUAGUUUGGGCAAAGCAGCAAAACAAAUGAAAGCUUCUGUGCAUUUGCCUCGUAUUGGCGUUGGUUCUCAAGAAGGUUUCAAUUGGUAUGGUACUGAAAAGCUUAUAAAGAAAUACUUAGCAUCAAACAAUAUACCCACUUAUAUUUAUUAUUUCAAACGUGAUGGUGCAACCACUAGCAACAAACGAAUGCAUGAACAAUCACAUGGAGACCAUGAUCGACUGUCGCAUAAAAGAAAACCGAGCAAAAUCAAUCAAUUAAAAGUUCACUUGCCCAACUAUCUAUCCGGUAUUCACGUAUUCUUUCACGAUAUUGAUGAGGAUACGAAAAAUAGAUUACAACGUUUUGUUUAUACUUUCAAUGGUGAAAUUGACGAAAUAACUGAUGUAAAUACAACAACCCAUAUUUUAACUACAGGUGACUGUCGAGAUGUACUUGCAUUGCAAGAUUGUUGUCCAGACGCUCAUGUAGUCAAUAUUGAAUGGCUUGAUGCAUGUAUAACUCGUGGAGAAAAACUCAAUAUAGAUACUUACAAACUGUGA